GCGGAGCGCGAAACAUUCUCGCGUGUCUCUGUCGUGAAAAUGGUCCCCUAUCAGAGGCAGGCUUUAUCAGAUAAAGUUGCGCUAUCGGUCUUGGCAAAUAAGGGAACGCUGACAGUUGGACGGUGACACACAGUGCUGGUUGUUACGGAGACGUACGUGCCGCGACGGCUAUUUUUUUUCCUCUCCCUCUGCGCCGCGCGUCCGUAAUUUCAGUUUCGCCCAUCAUCGCUUUUGCAAGGACGAGAACAACCAGCCAAAUCAUGGACAGUCUUUACCCGAAUCUGCAAGCGAGAUUCAAAAGCGAGGGCCUCUGCCCGAUUUGUUUAAUGGAGAUGGAACUAGCACCCAGAUACGUCUGCAUCAAUCAACAUACAAUUUGCCAUCGCUGCAAGCCUUAUUACUACAACUGCCCCUCGUGUCACUCGCCGUUGGAGAUGCAAAUGCCAUCUCCAAAUACAUCUUACGUGCCACCGCCGCCAAUCCACUUCCUGCCUCAUUCUCUACCAACGAAAUUCCACGGUCCAACGGCGCCGCCGAUGGAUGAGUUUCAAGCGCACGAAAGAGGCUGGCGCCCACCUACGCCCACUGAGAAUCAGGAGCUGAGAGCUUGCAGAUACGCGCAUCUUGGAUGCUGGGUGAAAGUGCCAAUACGCUUGGCAGAUCUACACGAAUCUCGAUGUCAAUUCCGACCUCACUUGGAGGAAGAAAAUCUACCCACGGACAUGGCGCAUAAACAUGACGACUUGGUCGAGUGCACCUAUCGCGUGGUCGGUUGCAAGGUAAAAACGUCACCGUGGAGAAUUUCGAUUCACGAACAACACUGUAUUUACAAAGAUCGUUUCAACGAGAGGAACAUCAGUGACUCGUUAAGAAAGACCACGAUCUCCUCUAAUGACGACUUUGGUGAUCCUAAGGAACUAGUCGAAUGUAAAUAUAGAAAAUAUGGUUGCAUGGUAAACAUGCCGAGAAGACUGAAAUUAAUGCACCAAGAGAAAUGCAACUAUCGGGAGUACCACGACGGGCGCCACGAUUCCUCGUCCGAGUACGACCCGGACCAACAAGUUCCAUGUAAAUGGACUGAAUACGGUUGCAGAGUGAAACCGAAACGCAGUCUUUUGGAAAUACACGUGGAAAAGUGCAAUUACAGGAUGGAGAACUGCGCUUACAGGAAUUACGGGUGCACUGCCAUUAUCCACCCGGCUGCGAAAUACGCUCACGAAAGAAAUUGCGAAUUUGCUAAUUAAACGUUUCGCGAAGAAGGCACGAUUGUUUUAUUAUUGUCAAUAAUACUGGUUUAUUAAUUAA